AUGAUGCGGCUUCUCCUGGCAUGGUCACUCCAUUGUUUGGCGGCCAGGUUGGCCAGAGCGAGAGACGAGGAUUGCUCACAUGGAUAUUUCCAGCCUCCUCCGCGACCGCAAGAUCCAACUGAGCACAACGGCCAGGCGCUCCGGGAUGCAUGCUUCGGGAAGGAUGCCUCCAUGCACAUCUUCGUGAUCGGCGACUGGGGCGGCGUGAAGUACACAGCAGAAAUGCCCAUCAUGCCGGCGGACCAUCGAUCCACGCUUUUUCCGAAGAGGCACCGGAAGUUCGUUGAAGGUGUCGAUGACUGCGCGCAGCAGCGGGUGGCUGGACAGAUGCUGAACUGGGCCAUGCACAGCGCACCCGACUACAUUCUCAAUGUAGGAGAUAAUUUCUAUUGGGGCGGUGCAGACAGCAACUGCAGCUCCAACGCGAUCGUCAACGGAUUCAGCUGGCACCAGUGGCAGCCGAUUUACGAAGACAUGUACACAGGUCCGGGUAUCGAUGGACGGCAGUGGCUGGGAAUCCUGGGGAACCACGACUAUGGAGGCUUCCUCUUCACAUCAGGCUGGCACGAGACGAUUUGGUACACCUGGGCAGAUCACGCUGGUGCCUCCAAGAGAUGGCUGACGCCCGCCCAGUUCUGGAAGGUCAAGGUGCGCUAUCCUGACUUCUCAAUCGACUACUAUUUUCUCGACAGCAACGUCCACAACGUAUGGGAGCCGAACAAAACCGUUGGACACAACAUCUGUAGCGACAAGUACAAUGCCAACAACUCGACGUGCCCACUCACUGGACCUUUCAGUUUAGCUUCCUGCCAUGGCUGGUUCGGCACCCUCUGGGAGGUUCAGAGCAGGUGGCUGGACCAGCGAUUGGAAGCAUCAGUUGCCGAGUGGCAGAUAAUUGUCUCGCACUUCCCGCCGGAGUACAACGCGAAGUUCUGGGUUAAGUUGGGGCGCAAGCGCGGUAUCGACUUGUUCAUCAGUGGGCAUCGCCACUACCAGCAGCUUACACUGAAGGGUGAGACGACCAAGACUGCGCCCAAGUUUCCUUUCACGACCAUCAUCUCCGGUGGCGGUGGUGGAAUCACGUCAGAUCGGCAUCCAGAGCUGUAUGGCCUCGAUGAUGCGUACGGUUUCUUUGCCACCUGGCAUCUGGAAGUCUUGGGUCGCAGGGCCUCGGGGUGA